CUUUUGGCGAGGUACAAGAGCGGGACGGCCGGCGAGGCAGCGUAAACACGGCGUGGCAGGCAGGGCGAGUGUUGACUGACCGAGUGUUGCCGUGUGUGUACCAGCCCCGGACGCAGGCCCGUGGAAAAUGUCCGCUAACAAGGCUUAGCUCACAAAAUAACUAAGCAAGCUCUAGGCCAAGGCACCAAUCACCAUGGGAUCACUAGAGCUGGACCCCAAUACCCUAGAUGCUCUGUUGAGUGACCAGAGUUAUGUGGGAGGUUAUCAACCCACCCAGGCUGAUACCCAGGUGUGGCAGGCCCUUGGGGGACACCCGAACGCCGCAGUACACCCACACAUGGCCCGCUGGUACACUCAUAUGGCCAGUUACUCGGGCGAGAGUCACAACUUGCCCCCGGCACCUCUCAAGGUGGUGUUCCAUAGCCCCAAGUCUUCUGCACAGGCUGCCGGAGUGACCUCAGGGGUGGGAGUGAGUGGUGAAGCCCAGAGUAGUAAGCCUCAGAAGGCUCCCAGCAACAAGAAGAAAGAUGUGGAGGCAAAGAAGGACAAGGGUGGUGGUGGAGGUGCAAAGGAGCUCAACCCCUGGCCAGCCUUCAUCCAGGAGCGCCUUGACCUGUGGGAUCGCCUCAAGAAGGAGUCUGAUGAGGCCCUCGCUGCCAAGGUGCCCGAGCCCAUACAGGUCACCCUUCCUGAUGGAGCAGUGAAGGAGGGGCAGUCAUGGCGCACCACUCCCUUCAACAUCGCCCAGGGCAUCUCGCAAGGGCUGGCCGAGAACACUGUGGUGGCCAAGGUGAAUGGGGAGGUGUGGGACCUGGACCGCCCACUAGAAGGAGACUGCAAACUCGAGCUGCUCAAGUUUGACCACAGUGAUGCGAAGACGGUGUUCUGGCACUCAACCGCCCACGUGCUUGGGGAGGCUAUGGAGCGUGUGUAUGGGGGUCAUCUGUGCUACGGGCCGCCCAUAGAGGAGGGCUUCUACUACGACAUGUACACUGAUGGCCCGGGGGUCUCGGCACUGGACUUCCCUGGCAUCGAGGAGGUCAUGAAGAAGGUCACCAAGGAGAAGCAGCCCUUUGAACGUCUUGUGAUGAAGAAAGAGGACCUACUGGAGAUGUUCAAGUAUAAUAAGUUUAAAGUGCGCAUCCUCAAUGAGAAGGUGAAGACCGACUCUACAACAGUGUACAGAUGUGGCCCCCUCAUUGACCUGUGCCGUGGCCCGCAUGUCAGACACACCGGCAAGAUCAAGGCAUUAUCUGUAACCAAGAACUCAGCCUCAUACUGGGAGGGUAAGAGUGAUGCAGAGUCACUCCAGCGAGUGUAUGGCAUCAGCUUCCCCGACCCUAAGAUGCUGAAGGAGUGGAAGCACUUCCAAGAGGAGGCAGCCAAGAGGGACCACCGCAAGAUUGGGGUGCAGCAAAAGCUGUUCUUCUUCCAUGAACUGAGUCCCGGCAGCUGUUUCUUCACCUCCCGGGGUGCCUAUAUUUACAACUCCCUGAUGCAGUACAUCAGGGAGGAGUACAACAAUCGGGGCUUCCAGGAGGUGAUGACACCCAACGUGUACAACACCCGGCUGUGGCAGACCUCAGGGCACUGGCAGCACUAUGCUGAAAACAUGUUUAGCUUUGAGGUGGAGAAGGAGAAGUUUGCCCUCAAGCCUAUGAACUGCCCCGGCCACUGCCUCAUGUUUGGCCACACCACCAGGUCGUGGCGGGAGCUGCCGUUGCGCAUGGCUGACUUUGGUGUGCUUCACCGCAAUGAGCUCUCCGGUGCGCUGACUGGACUCACUCGUGUGCGACGCUUUCAGCAGGAUGAUGCACAUAUCUUCUGUGCCCCAGAGAGCAUUCAGAAUGAGAUGAAAGGCUGCCUAGAGUUCCUGUCAGCUGUCUAUGAGACCUUUGGAUUUGAGUUUCAGCUGCGGCUGUCAACCAGACCAGAGAAGUAUCUUGGAGAAGUGGCACUGUGGGACAAAGCUGAGGAGCAGCUGCGUGCCUCCCUGGAUGCAUUUGGCAGGCCCUGGGAACUGAAUCCCGGAGACGGUGCAUUCUAUGGCCCCAAGAUUGACAUCACAGUGACAGACGCACUGCGCCGCCACCAUCAGUGUGCCACAAUCCAGCUGGACUUCCAGUUGCCGGAGCGCUUUGACCUUACCUUUGUGGGGGAGAGUGGAGAGAAGCGGCGGCCAGUCAUCAUCCACCGUGCCAUCCUGGGCUCUGUCGAAAGGAUGAUUGCCAUCCUCACAGAGUCGUACGGUGGCAAGUGGCCCUUCUGGUUGUCCCCGAGGCAGGCAAUGGUGGUCCCUGUUGCCCCACCUUUUGAUGACUAUGCCAUGGAGGUCCGCCAUGCCCUGCACAGUGCUGGGAUACAAGUGGAUGCAGAUACUGACCCUGGCGACACCCUCAAUAAGAAGAUUCGCAAUGCCCAGCUGGAGCAAUACAACUUCAUCCUGGUAGUGGGUGAGAGGGAGGCGUCGGCACGCACCCUAAACAUUCGCACAAGGGACAACAAGGUGCAUGGAGAACACCCGCUGAGUGACGUGGUACAGAAGCUGUGCAGACUGAGGGACAUGCGCGCCAAGGAUUGGGAGGACUCCUUUUAGCCAAUACCACCACUGACACACUAGGAUUGUCCUGGCCAGGCUAGGCAGCACAUGGCCCCUGGUGCCCUGCAGAUGAGAAUUAAUGCUGCACCUCACAAGCCUUCACUUGGGUGUCACCUUUUAUUUAUUCUCCUCCAUAUAUUUACUGACACUACCGAUGUUACAAUUUGUAGAUUUUCUCCUUUGAAAAGGAUGCAGCAACACCACCAUAAUAAUGUGUGUGUAUGUGUGGAUAUGUGCGUGUGUGUUAGUACCGUCCUGCUGCUGCCCUGCUGGGAACAAUGAUAAUGAUAAUGAUAAUAACUAACCAUGUAGGGAAUUAGCCUAUGAUUCAUUUUUAUUUAAUUUUGCACCAGCCAUUGUGGUGAAGCCAAACCCAAGGCCUUAUCCUCCUUUCAUCACCACUGUUACGCUCCUCUUCCUCUCCCCAUUCCAUCCACUCCAGAAAACUCAGUGAUGCAAUGGGUUCUUUGUGCCUCCUCCCAAGCACAAAUAUUCUUUGUGCCGCAGACUUACUGCUCCUUGGUGAUUUGAACUGUGGGGUUGCAAGUGAUCCUUUGUCUCCAGGAACUUUGAUACGUGUAUAGUUUUGGCAAAUUUCCUAAUUUGUUGAUUUUAUUUAUCACAGGGAAAAAAACACGGUGACGUGUGGCAUUAAAAUGUCAUUAUUUACUUGAAUAUUUAUUUAAACACGUACUACCAAAUUAGAAUGAUUUAACUUUGUCGGCCGCUGCAGGCACCGACUGGCGGAUAACAUUAUUAGGCUACACAAGUCCGCCUGAACACAUGUUAUGUGAGAUUGAUUCUUAAGACUCCAGGAAUGACUGCCUGAUCUUCUAUUCGAAUUUCGAAGUGACUUCCCGAAUGUCUGCCCCGCCCGGGCCACUUGGUGGUGCAGGGCGCGGGGCCCCGGGGCCUUCCUGCUGGCCUAGCGGUGCCCGGGGUCGCGGCCUUGGCGCCUCCUCAAGCACGAGUGUCGCAGGGUACACACGUGAGCCUCGUAAUAAACUUGUUAUUUAUAC